AUGUCGUCUGCACUCGAGAAAACCAAAAAACCCAAGAAACCGCUUGACGAGGAACACUCUUGCAGAUGGGCAGGCUGCAGCGAAGACAAGUUCCCCAACUUGGCGUCUUUGGUGAACCAUGUCAGCAACUCCCAUUUGGCUCAGAACACUCAGGUUUAUACGGCGUCUCAGAUGAGAUACAGCUGCCAGUGGGAAGGAUGUUCUCGGUUUGACGUGGAGCAGCCAUCCCGGUUUGCACUUAUUUCACAUUGCAGAACCCAUACUGGUGAAAAACCGUACUUUUGUCCGAUUCCAGAAUGUGACAAGCACUUUACCAGAUCGGAUGCUUUGGCAAAACAUGUCAAGGGCGUUCACGAUUUGCAUCAGCACAGAGACGCCAUUGCGUUGAUGAAAUAUAGGAAAGAACGGAACAAGGGCGAUGUGUUCUUGGAGGAGAACUUGGAAACGUUAACUGAAGAACAGUACGCUAUGAUUCUUAGACGAGACUACGAAUUGCGUAUGCCAUGGUGGUUUUCCAAACGGUUUUUGGAUUCUUUGAAGGAAGAAGAUGUGUCUUUGCAAACGCUUUAUGACCAACCUUUGGAGAUGAGACAAUACGAUUUGGCUGUCACUCGGUAUAAGAGAUACUUGAAUAACCAAAUCAGAGACGAUCUUUUGACCUCGAUGAACGAAGAUGCUGCCAGAAAGGCGAAAACUGCCGUGGCUAGCUAUAAACCUGAUCCGGUGAACGCCUACGAGGGCAAUGAUCUUACCAAGCUUUACGCCACAUUCACCAAACUCACCAGUAAGCUUGCGACGGCCACAAAGAUCCAACAAAUUACAGAAAGAAAACUAGAAGAAGCCAAAAAGGAAAAGAGAAGGCUUUGGGCCAUUAACCAGAUCUUGCUCGAUGCAAACACCGAAAUGGGUUUGCCGCCUAUGAAGGUCGAUGAUGAUACCACCGACGAGAUGCAAAUAGAUGAGCUCGACAAGAAUAUUCUUGCCGAUGGUCUAACUAAGGAGUAA